AUUUUAUUAGCAUGUCAUUAAACGGGAGAACUGCCUUAGUGACCGGUAUUUGUGGAGGCUUGGGAUCUGAAAUUGCUGUAUCGCUAGCCCGAUCUGGAUGCACUAUUCUCGGAACAGACCGUUAUGAUGCAGAAACUGUUGCAGAUAGCAUUGAAAAGCUCACCCAAGUAUGCAAAAAAGAUGUUAGUUAUUUUGAAUGCAACCUGCUGAAAAGAGAAUGCAUAACAGAUCUUUGCCAGAAAAUUGAUUCUGCGGUUCCAUCUGGUGUAGAUAUACUAGUAAAUAAUGCAGGUGUUCUCUACUCUGACUUCCUAGAAAAUAAAACUCUAGAGAGUUUUGAUGAAGAAAUCACUGUAAAUUUGACGGCACCAUUUCAUCUUUCUAAAUAUGUUUACACGUCAAUGAAAAAGAAAGGAUGGGGGAGAAUAGUGAACAUAUCGUCGGUGAUAGGACAAAUAGGAUUCCAUAAAACCACAGGAUAUGCAGCCACAAAGGCAGGACUUAUUGGACUUACUAGGGCCAUUGCAGUAGAGGCUGCGCCGCAUGGAGUGACGUGCAACAGUAUAUGUCCCUCUUUAAUGGAUACCAACUUUGUUAAACCUGCACUGGCGUCUAUGCAAGAGGAGACGGGCGAAAGUCGUGAAAAGUGCCUGGAGAAACUUGCAGAAAUGUAUCCUACAAAUAAGAAUACCACACCUACUCAGGUUGCUGACCUAGUUACUUUUCUAUGCUCACCAGCAGCAGACAACAUGACAGGAACAGCUAUUCCUGUAGACGGAGGAUAUACAGCAAAGUAGACGCUUCAUAAUGUCUUAUGUCCACUCCUAAAAAGGCGGGCUUAUUUACUCUCACUGCUUACAAAACAAA